AUGGCAGACACCGAGGAACCGCAGUUCAAUACGCUGGCGGAGAGGAUAGCUGCGUUGAACAAGCAGAAGAACUUUAGCAGCGUCGGCACUCCUGAGGCCGCUCGCAAGAAGCCUCCUCCUCCUCCACCUCCUGGGCGUCCUUCUGCCGAAUCCCGAAGCCAGACUGCCCCCGUCGUGACAGUCAACGGCUCGGCUCAUGAACAAGCGCCUCAGCAGCCUCCGAGACCCGUCAGAGCGAAUGCUGAUGCACCGCCACCUUUGCCUCGUCGCAACACACAGAAUGCGGGCUCACCAGAGGCUUCUGUCCCUCCGCCAUUGCCCUCGAGGACUGGAUCCUUCCAAGCGUCGCCUGCGCUACCCCCACGACGGCCAUCAACGAUUACUGUUCCCAAGCCCUCGGGACGGCGCAACUCUGCUUCAUCAGAGGCAUCGAUGCUGUCUACCAUGUCGUCUCUGUCUUUGACCAAAACGAACUCUUCUACCACGAGCAAUGGGUCCAACGGGACUGUCGUGCACAAGCUGCCACCGGUCUGUGACAUGUCCAGCUUGCCCCCUCUCCCACCUACAAAGCGGGAACUAGAGGCAAAGGCAAAGGAGCAAGCUGCCGCAAGAGAGGCGGCUGCUAGAGAAACCACCGUAAGGAUGACGGCCAGACAGACGGCAAGCCAACCGGCCAUCGAGCCACCCAGACCCAGCCUUCCUCCCAGACUGCCAUCAAGGCCAGCCAAGCCCCAGCCUUCGACAAGCACCGAGGCUAUAACAAAGCCUACACCAAAGCCUACGCCGAAGCCUACACCCGUCACUGUUCAGAUCCGGGGAUUCGGCAGUCGAACAGAGCCUCCCAAAAUGCCUGCAAGGCCCAAGAUUGAUGCCGCGGCCGAUGACGGGCCCCCUCCGAUCCCAAUGGCCUCUCGCCCAUCAGUGGCCCAGAUCCAUGCCGCUUCUUCCCGAACGCCGCCGGUUCCAGCAGUGUCUAAUGAUUGCUGGGUAUGCCGAGAUUGGAGCGGCCCUGAUGGCGUGGCUGCCCAAUAUCCCAGAGAACAGCUCCCCCAGCAUGAUGUCGUGGGAUAUCUUGCCCGCGUGCUCUGCGACCCCUUUCCGUCAUACAACGACAAGGCAAGGGCCAUCUUCACGUGGUUCCACCACAACAUCAUGUAUGAUACCAAGGCUUUUUUUAGCGGUAACAUCAGAGGCAUGACGCCUGAAGACACGAUACGGUACGGUGCAGCUGUAUGCCAAGGCUAUGCGGACACGUACAAGGCCAUUGCAAACAAGGCUGGUUUGGAAUGUGUUGUCGUUGGUGGUCAUGGAAAAGGGUAUGGCUAUACUCCUUUGAAACAAGGACAACGACCACCGCCUCCUGACCCAACUGGCCAUGCAUGGAACGCAGUCAGGGUUGACGGUGGUGUCUGGAGGCUUCUCGACGCCUGUUGGGGAGCUGGCCACAUUUGCGGAGCCAACAACUUGUUCAAGAAAGAGUUUAGCCCCGUCCAGUUUACAAACAGCAGCGAACGGUUUGGUCGUACCCAUUUCCCGUCUGACGGCAGGCAACAGUUACGUAAUGACGGCCGCACAAUUACCUGGGAUGAGUACUACAUCGGGCGCUCUCAGGGUGAACCGGUGGAGGUCUUUGGUAAUUGUGGCCAAGAGGGCAUUGCUGAAGACACUAUCGAGCCUGCGUCAAAGCAAAUAUCUGUGCACAGCGGCCAAGUUGUCCGAUUCCAGUUUGCACAUCUAUGUGAGCACUGGAAGUCAGAAAAGCAUGGCCUUGGGAAGCCUUCCCUAUUUCUGUUGCAGAUUCACGGCCUCGACGGCCGCAACGAUGACUUUAUUCCGAUUGAGACGGAUGGCUACUGGUACUGGGCUGAUGUCCACGCCCGAGACCUGGGAGCGCCAGGGCAGUCGGUCAUGGUACUGCAACUGACUUCGAUGGAGGGACGAGACGCACGAGGCGUGACGGCUCAACAGUAUCUUGCUAAGAAGGGGCGGGUUGCGAUGGCGUGGGCGUAUGUUGCCAAAUGGGACUUGGUUUGAGGACGAGGCAGGAUGAGCGUAGUAAGAGAGGGGAUUUGGAUUUUGAAAAGAACAUGGCACGUGGAACCGGGAAGACGGGUUAUUGAUACCCUCCGAUAUACGAAUUAUUGCACUGUAGCUAGCCCUGGUGUUUGGGAAUUAAUUUAGUAGGUAAAGACGAGAAACGUCUUGGUAAUGGUAUUCUGGAACGAUGUAUGACGAGGCUUGAUAGGAUAAUGGCUGUCAUGAGAUUUGAUAAUGUUUGUUUUCAAGCUACGAACAAUCUUUCAUCAAUUAUUACCAGAUAUUUUGU